AGUAUUUAUGUGCAGAAUAAUACUCUAAAAGCUUUCAACAACAAAGUUCUCAUAUGGCAGCUGCAGGUUUAUCAAGCUUCAAGACUUUGAAACAACGAUCACUAGUGCGAUGUUCUAAGCAAAUCAGGGAGCAAAAGGCACGACUUUAUAUCAUAUGGAGGUGCACCAUGUUUCUUAUGUGCUCGCAUGAUUAAGAAGAAGUAUAAAUGUGGAUCGAAAUGCAUCUAUUAGCUCUAGGAAGAGACGUAAGUUUUACACGUUAUUGAUCUUUAUAUGUAUAUAGAAAGAAAUGUUCCAUAAAGUGUUUUAUGUAUACAUGAUAAACGAAGUUUUGAAACAAUUAUAGUGUUGACUCGUUAAUGGAAUUAUAGGCCCUUUUGUACAAUGUAAGAUUUGAAUAAUGAUUAUGCAUAAAUCUUAUUUUUGGGAUCAA